ACUCAAUAAGUGUUGGUCCUUCAUCAACAAAUGCGUUGAGCACCCAGUGGGUGCUAUACCCUGUGCUGGGGUGGAGAUAAAUCAGACUUCUGCAGCCCUUCCUGGAGCAGAUGCCAGCCCACCAUAAGCCACUCAGCAUUUCCUGAACUCCCACUAAGUACAAAAGAUAGUCUCUGUACUGGAGGAAAGCCGCCCUCCCCUACUGCCAUGAAAAACUGGAAAAACUCCCUUCCUGCAAAAGGGCAAAUUUGGCCUUGAAUUCAGGAACCCCACAUCCUGAGCCCAGCCCUGCAACCAACUUGGUUCUUGAGUAACAUUGCUGCUGCUGUGGUCUUCAGUUUCCUCAUUUGCAAAAGGAAUUGGAUCAGAUUAUCAUUAGGGUCGACUUUCUCCUCCCCCAAAACUUGUGGUCUUGCACCUUCAGGGGAGCUAUUGCAGUGGAGACUACUUAGCUGAUAGCCCAAGAUGUGUAAACAAGGCUGGAAUUUCUGUAUCCCUCACCCCACCCCGUGCCUGCCCACCCCUCCCAGUGCACCACUUCUUUCCUUCUGGUGUUGGCUGGCAGCAUCUGCAUUCUAAGCAGGGGGGAGAGCUUUCAAGUUCCUUGACCUUCAUCUUGACUUGAGCCUAGGUUAGCAUUAAAAACAAGCCCAGAGGCAGCCAGCCAUGCUCUGCUGCUCCUACUCCCUUCCCGGGACCUGUCCCUGAUGUCAUAACUGGGUAACUAUGACAGCUUGUCAUGGGGACAGCUAGGCACCUCACAGAGGAGUCUGGGUACCUCAUUUCUGAAGUGAGACUAGGAAGAGAAGAUGAAGAAUUCCCUGGAUUAUCUGGCCUACCCUGUUAUCGUCUCUAAUCACAGGCAAAGCACAACCUUCAGAAAGAAACUGGACUUUGGCCACUACGUAUCUCACAAGAAUAGAAUACAAAUAGUGAAGCCUGCUGUUGAUACCAAACCUCCAGUGGCGCACACACAUCACAUUUUAAAAUUGAGCAAACUACAGGGUGAACAAAAGAAAAUCAACAAAAUCGAGUAUGAAAACAAGCAACUGUGUCAGAAAAUCGCAAAUGCCCAUCGAGGCCCUGCCAAGGUGGAUUGCUGGAAUGAAUAUUUUUCUAAGAGCUUAAACAGAGAAGCAAGGAACCGCGAGCUAGUGAGAAUCACCAUGGAAAACCAGGGCAUUCUGAAGAGGCUUGUUGAUCGCAAACCCUACUAUGACCGCAGGGCAUCUGAGAUAGACUGGCAGAAUUCAAGGCGCUAUAUCAGAAAUACCACGAGAUAUCUUCUCUCCCAAAAUGAAUAGGUUACUCACCAUGGAAAAGAUACAAGAGAAGGCCCUAGGAUUUCUUGGCUGCUUAGAAUCUCAAGACACUCCUGAGUGGCUGAAUGCUCAAUCUUCAGAUGCUUCAAUAAAGCUUGGAACACAAAAUGCGUAAGUUACAUUUAGGGGACCCAAAGGCUUUACGUUCUCAUUCCAAAAUGGGGCAGGCAGAAGGAAAGAUGCAAUGAGCAUUUUUAUUUGGGGCCAUGAAAAGAAGUUUUAACGAGAGAAAGAGAGAGAGAAAUCUGAGAGAACUCUUUAAAACAUACACCAUCAUCACCAUUCCACGGAAGAAGAACAGCUGGGGUGAGAUCAUCCAGCCACGAGUACAGCACUGUCAAAAUGGAAAACAAACUCACAUGACAACAUCACGCUUCAGAAAACACAAGGAACAAAUGCCGUUAGUUCUCUGUGAAUACACACAAUCGGAAAAGAA